AGCUGUGAGCGGUUCUAGCCCCCUUCCUAUCAGCAUGGGAGUCCAUGGCUUCCAGAGUGCAGCCUGGAACGGCUCUGCCAGGACUCACACUUGAGCCCCAACGGGGUGAGCCCACUCGACAUGGUGCUCCCUCAUCCGCUCCCUCCGCAUCCGCUCCCUUGCCACCUGUCGGGCCUGUCGGGCGAACCGAACAUCGGCCUUCCCGGACCGAGUUGGGUGGCUUGGAGGGUGCGGCAGCUCAAGCAGCUUCACUGGAAAUUCCAACCCACUCAAUCUCUACUUUGCGUGGCUCUAGUCGAAGUGUUUGGAGUAGCAACCGAUGGCUUGAAGAGUGCAAGGUGGGGUUGAAGGCCACGGAAUCUCUAUGUUGGAGCCAAUUGCUCCAGAGCUUCACUGGAGAGCCGGUGAAAUGGGCACCCAAGGGGCCCAACAAACGCCAGCUUUCCCGCAAAGCCGUCCAGGGAAUCCUGGCACAUCAACAGUCGAAGCACCGAGGCACCAGUCUUGCUGAAGAUCGGAAAAUCAAAAAGGAAGGCUCUAGAGAUAUGGCUUUGGUCGACACAGAGGACAAACCAGAGCAAGCUUCCACCACGAAAUCCCUCAAAAAGGGAUCCACCAGUAUCUCCAGAGUGGAGCCUCCAGAUGACAGCGACGCACGGGCAUCCAUGGAACUUGUAGACAUUUUCACGAUGCAAGAGAUGAAGAAGAGGAUGAAAGCCGUUCUGCACAAACGUAUACACAGCAUCCGUGAAAGUGUUCUCAAGCAGCGCAAUGAAACGAUUGCCCAGAAGAAGUAUGAGCGGCUCCCACAGAAGGAGAGGGAGGCAUUAGAACGUGCUUUCUUCCAAUAUGAUGCCGAUCUCUCCGGCUUCCUGGAGUGGAAUGAGGUAAUCCCUGCUUUGAGGGAGCUUGGCCUGUCUGGGUCAAACGCGAUCGAGAAAAGGGAGAUUUUGCAGGUUUGCCGCAACGUCAUCACGGCAGCCCACGUUCAGAGCAUGCAUCAAACCUCCAUUCAGUCCGUGAGCUUGCAGGAGGUUCUGAUUGCCCAGCGGAACCGCCAGCAGAACCAGCCACGCAUCAAGCUGGGAGUCACCAAACGAGCAGGAGACAAACAAGCCCCACAGCAGCAAAGCUCCACCGUAGCAGCAGAAAGCAACAAGAGAACUUCCACCAGAACCAGCAUUCCUUCAGAGAAUGUGGGCAAUGGUGGCAAUGGAAGCAGGAAGAGCAGUCUGACCUCAAGCGCAGCUGACAAAACUUCAGGAUCCGAAGGGAGUGACAGCGAAGAUUUUGACACGGGUGUUGACAUGGCACCCUCGGAGGCCAAGUUUGAUUUCUUAACCUUUGUCGGGAUUUUGGUGCCAAAGGUGCGUCAGCGACUGACUGAGUUGCAAAGCACUAAAAUCAUGCGAUAUUUCUGCAAUUUUGACCGGGAAGGCACUGGGGUGGUGUCCGUAUAUAAAUGCAUUGAGAUUGCGCGAUGCUUGAGAAUGGACCAACUCCAUAUGAUCGAUGCUUUGAAAGAGCAAGGCUUUGAAGAAGAACCUGGCGUAUUAGUUGACUUUGAUUCCUUCGAACGAGCAGUCAUGAGUUGCAGGGAGCGAACCAAUCGCCAGCUCAGAGAACGUGAGAUUGACAUCCUGACGGAGAUGAAGGUAAGACCAGACCUUUUUGAGCAAUGUAGAGACAACAUAGCUCAGGUCUAUGAGAUCUUCCGAAAAUUCUCGGGUGAUGCAGGAUCAAUCGGUGUGGUUACAGCCAAUGAUGCGUUCCUUUCGGUUUAUGAGCUCGGGAUGAUGCCCCGCGAAGGGUGGCAGAGAGACAACAUCAAGAGCCUUUUAGUUCCGGAAGAUGCGGAAGACAUCGUCUACAUGCAGACGGAAUUGAACUUCGAGGAGUUCCUCGAAUUUUUGAGAUGCGUUCGGGAAUACAACGAUGAGCAGCGGCUGGAAGAGCUCAUGGAAAGGUUCCAGCGCCUGGACAAGGAUCGCAAUGGCGUUUUGGACAUGAAAGAACUCCACGCUCUCCUUGAGGAAGCUCAAUGCUGCCCGCGCACCCGCAAGGAGCAAGAGGAAGUACAGCAACUUAUCCAAUCAGUAGAUGCUGAUGGAAACAACGUCAUCGAUUUUGAUGAGUUUAAGGAACUCGUCCAGCGGAUCGACGAGAAGUUUGCCAGCUUACGUUAUGACUCGGAAGUGGAGUAUGCCCUUGCACGUGGCUUCACGGAGACUGAGUUGGGGAGUUUUCGGGCGAUCUUUGAGCACUUGGACGCUGACAACUCUGGCCAGUUAGACAUGGCCGAGGUUCGGCAAUGCCUCAGCAUCAUGCAGCACAAUUCCACGUGGCAGGCCUUCGAGCAGACCUGGAUCUUGCUUGACAAAGAUGCCUCAGGAACUCUCGAGUUCGAAGAGUUUAUUGACUUCAUGAGGCUGAUGAGGGAUGGCGAAGGUGUUUUCGCAAUGGAUAACGGCCAGAAGCUGCCAUCACAUGUCAAGAAGUUGGACGAGCGGACGCUUCGAUCUGUUUUGGGAAGCGACCAGUGGUGGCACUCCUGAAAGACUCAGCACCGGGCACUGGGCACCAACGAACAUUUUGUGCCACCUGGCUGCCAACCACAGCUUUUCCA